GCACUGUAUUCUGCUCUGAUCGGGUAAACAGAUGAACCUAUAAAUUCAGCCUGCCCUGCGGCAUCGCAUUUUGACAGAACACCGGUCCAACCAGCACCGGGGACAGCAAACCGACAGCCGUUCAUACAGCGACCAUCGGUAUUACUGACUUGUGUCUUUCUGUCUCUGUGCGAGAUGUUUCUGGUGGUAUUUCUACGCCAAAACCAUGUUCAGACGGAGCUACCCAGCACUAGAGUGUUUCAUUGAGGGUGGCGACACCCAAAGAAAGUAUGUGUGUCGUAGCUCUAAUUUAAUGGCUCUGCCCUGCGGUAUUAUGUAUGCGCAUGCGCCCUGCACGCCCCGUGCUUUUCACUUCCUAUACUUAACAAGGUUGCCAGUUUUGUGCUUUAUCAGGAAGGAACCAACUGAGAAGAUGAACAGAUGGAUUGUUAAGCUCCACAGUCUCUGCCUCAAACUAAGCAGCAUGUUAGGAAAAGGGAGAAGUACUGGUUGUUCAGUCCCACGCCUGCAGGAUGGAGGGACCGAUGAUAGCAGUACUUCUCAUGGCAAAAAUAAAGUGAGGUGAAUCACGUGGGAGUGGGCAUGUAUAGGCACGGAAGUGUAUAAAGGUGCACACCCACCGGUGAUACGGAUGGAAAGAGUCGGGGUUAGGGUAGCCGGUAAUUUUUGUUGACCGCACGCCUUUUUGCAUAUCUUCCACACCACAAGCACUGUUCUAUCAUCAUCUGGAGUUUGUUCGAUUCUCUGGGUUUUCAUUAAUUAAUAACUCAUCUUGAAUACGCUGAAAUAGCUCUGUGCAGCACGAAAAUAAAUCAUCUGAAAGCAUUCUGGAUCUCAGCGUAUAUCUCUCAGCAACUUUUAAGCGCGUCAUCAAUCUUACAACCCAAGGACCCAACCUCAUACUCUUCGCGGCUAAGGUUUUCGUUUGGUAGCCGCAAUAUUAUUAUUGUUAUUAUUAUUAUUAUUGUUAUUAUUAUUAUUAUUAUUAUUAUUAUUAUUGUUAUUAUUAUUGUUAUUAUUAUUAUUAUUAUUAUUGUUAUUAUUAUUAUUAUUAUUAUUAUUAUUAUUGUUAUUAUUAUUAUUAUGUAUAACUCCAUGACAAAAAUGUUUUCUUUAGGGAGAGAUUGAUUGUGUAUACCAAGUAUUGUUAUUAUUACUUCUGAUGGUAUAAUACUUAGUAGUUAAUGAUGAUUGUGAUGAUGACUAGAAGGGUUGUUACCGGGGUGGGAUUAGAUAAGUUUACGCUUUUUAAACUAUCCUAUUAAACUUUAGUGUUUGCUUUUUUUACUUUUCUUUUUAAAUCUCUUUUUGUUUUUAUGUUUGUCAUUAUUUAAAUAAACUUUUCCAGUCAAUCAAUCAAUACUUGGUAGUGAAGCAGUUUGUCUGCAGUUGUGUCAGGGUGUUGUGGACGGGGUUGUACUCCAACAUGGAUCACAGCUUCUCCAUCCAGGGUACAUUCUGUACAGAGAUUCCUUCCUUAUCAGUCUGUUCCCAGCUGAUAAGCUGCCCAGCAAACAAGCCCAUAAACAAAGCUGAUGCCACCACAGAGGCGUAAACAGCCUUCAGAAGCUCCAAAAACCAGUUUUAUCAGCAUUUUCCAGUAAUUAUAGAGUUGUGUACGUGUACAUAUCCUGUUAUGUGCACUGUGUUUGUGUGUUGAAGCAGUGUUUUCUAAAAAAAGACAUGGCCUGCCUUCUGAGUCGGUGUAAGUAGGUCAGGUUGAUUAUUUUCAGAUUCUUGCAGCAGCAAAACAUGUGACGGUAUCUAAAUAAUGCUGAAAAUGGUGGAUUUUCUCCUCAAUCUGGCAACAUUUUCUGCCAUCUUAUGACCGCGUUGAUGAAUAAGGCUGAUAAAUAAAGUUCACGUUAUUAACGAUUAAACAGAAAAACUAUGAAUACGUGAUGUCUGCCAACGUCCACGUGAUGCCCUGAUGUCUUGAUGUAAGAUGGGUGGCAGGUUGCUGGUCUUCGUGUGUGUGUUUGGUACCAUCGUGGCAUCAGGUUUCUGCUGCGGAGCCAAAGAGUUCACAUCUAGUGACGGACAGUGCUGCCCGAUGUGCAACGAAGGAACGACUGUUCGCAGAGAGUGCACGAUAGAGUCGGGAACGCAGUGCAGUCCCUGUGCGACAGGGACAUUCAUGAACCAGCCUAAUGGACUGAGAGCAUGUUUCCCCUGCGUCUUCUGUGACACAGGCCAAGGCCUGUUUGCCAAGCAGGAGUGCACAGCGAAGUCAGACGCAGUUUGUGAUGCUUUACGUGGAUAUUUCUGCAGAAGUUUGACGGCUAAUGGAGGAUGCAGCUGGGCAGAGAAACAUUCAUCCUGUGUACCCGGACAGAGCAUAAAAGAGGCUGGAACGACCAGAAGUGAUACAGUUUGUGAAGACUGUGAAGACGGCCAUUUUUCCCCUCAUGGUGUCAGCUGUACUGUCUGGACUAAAUGCUCUGAAACCCAAAUGAAGAAGGAAGAAGGAACCUCGAGCAGCGACGUUGUCUGUGGGAGUGCACCCAGACACCAUUUUACUUUGUUAGCACCUACCAUUGGUUGGUGUUUUACAGUGUUUGGGAUUCUUAAAAAAAGUUUGUGUUCAUAGGACUGACUCAUUUGUUUACCUUUAAUAGUAGUCUAAUGUUUGCUGCCUACAUUUAAUGAAUCCACUGCAUAUAUUUAUAAUGUUUUUUACUUGCUUUUAUAAUAAUUCAUAACAAAGAAAAACUUUGCACUUAAUUAAGCAACAAAGCAAACUGGAAGUCCUGCCAUGUCGUACAUGGUGGUUUGCUGCCAUCUAGUGUUCAUUCAGGUUUAUAUUCUCUGAACAUAUAACAGAUGUAUUCUGGGCCUGAACCGUUCUGGGAUGUAAACCAUCAGAAGGUUUUUAAAUCUAUUCUGUGACUGACAGGAAACCAGUAUAAACUGGAAACCAGU